AUGCUUUCUCUUAUUCUCUUGAGCGUAAUUACAGUGGCAUCAGCCCUGCAGCCUCUACCUCCGGUUGACUGGACCGCUUCUGGCGGUCAUGGCUUCGAUAUUGCGACUGCCGACCAUACAAUCUACAUUCACAAUGACUUUGUGGAGCAACGAGAUCAGAAUGGGUUGACUCUUAUUCCCCCUUCCGCCAUUGAAUUUGCCAAUACAUUCAGGGAAGACCUGGAGGAAGUGACUGGGAAUGACUGGACUGUUCACGCUGUCGAUGCGUUUCCAGAACAUGCAUCAGGGAUCUUCCUUGGUAGAUUUGACGGGCCAUUGACAUACGAGAAUGGCGAGCCGACCGAAGAAGGAUACGAACUGGAAGUUGACUCGGUCCGAGUUCAUAUCAGAGGAACUGGAGCCCGGGGAAUGUGGUGGGGGACUCGCACUCUACUACAGCAGCUCUUGAUAUCGAAUGGUGGCCACAUUCCCGCUGGCCGCACUGUCGAUGCGCCCUCUUUUGCAACCAGAGGCUUCCUCCUCGAUGCCGGGCGAAAGUGGUACUCCCCAUCAUUCCUGAAAGACCUGUGCACGUACGCCUCGUUCUUCAAAAUGUCUGAGUUCCAUUACCACACCAGCGACAACUAUCCGCUGAGCCGCGGCCACAACGAGACCUGGCAAGACGUCUACGCCCAGUUUUCUCUUCGUCCUGAAAGUCCCGACCUGCAGGGCCUUGUCCAGAGACUGAAUGAAACCCUCUCGCGCGCCGAGUAUGAGGACCUCGAGCAUCACUGCGCUCAACGGGGUGUAACUGUAAUCCCCGAAAUCGAAUCCCCCGGCCACUGCCUCGUCGUGACAAAGUGGAAGCCCGAAUUGGCCCUGGAGGCGAAGGAAGAUCUACUGAACCUGUCGCAUCCAGACACAAUCCCGCUCGUCAAGUCCAUCUGGGCGGAGUUCCUCCCCUGGUUCCACACCAAGGAAGUCAACAUCGGCGCCGAUGAGUACGACCCAACCCUAGCAGACGACUACAUCGACUUCGUGAACGACAUGGCCGAAUUCGUUAAAGAGGAAUCUGGCAAACGCGUUCGCAUCUGGGGAACAUACGAACCAUCCGAAACCCGCACAAUCUCCAAAGAUAUCAUCAUCCAGCACUGGCAGUACGGCCAGUCCGACCCCGUGGAACUAGCCAACGCCGGAUACGAACUCAUCAACUCAGAAGACUGGUGGGCGUACAUGUCACUGAAGAACGACCAUAUGCCGAUUCUCCCAGCUCCGUAUCCUGCUUUCUUCGACAACUCGCGCGUACUCAAUUUCGCCGACAGGGACGGCUGGCAGUGGAAUCCUGCCCUGUUCAAUCCGUAUAAUAUCACCGAGCAACCGGACCAAAAGCCCGUCAAGGGCGCCCUUCUCGCUGCGUGGAAUGAUAAUGGGCCUGAUGCGACUACGCAGUUAGAGGCCUUUUAUGCCAUUCGCAACGGUAUCCCGACUGUUGCUUCGCGUUCGUGGUCGGGAAACCGUGGGCCAGAGCUCCAGCUAUCCAGCCUUGAAUCUUCCAUGGAUCUGCUCACAUCGAGAGCCGUUGCACAGAAUCUCGACCGGAACUUGAAGGUUAAACCCGGCAAAUCGAAGAACACGGUUCAAUGGAGAAAAUCCGAGUCUAGUGGAACCGGGAAGGUGCAUCUAGGAUACGGUAGUAAGGGCAUGAACUAUACCCUAAAAUUAGACAUCGCCGGCCCAUUCGUUCUCUCUUCAAACGACUCAUCACUGGCACUAUCUUCACACGGCGCAUUGACAUUUACCUCCGAUGGCUGGGACUAUCCCCUUCGCUCAGUCGACGAGACAGCGGGCUUUGACGCGGGCUUUCCUGGUCGGAUCUGGACGAACGAGACAUCGUCCACGCAUGAGCCCGUCACUGUACCCCUGCAAAGCCACAUUACUAUCCGCACUGAUGUAAUCGGGGGCAGUCGGGUUUGGGUGGACGGAAACUUUGCCGGACGAUUCGAGGUCUUCGUUUUUGGAGGCAAAAACACCUUGUUCUCGUGGAGCCAGAUGGCGUUUGUUGCGCCUCUGGAGUGGGUUGAGGGGGGUAUCAAUAAGCUACAGAUUAGUGGAUAUGAUGGGCAGCAUUAA